UGCCAGACAAUCAAGCAGACAGCAUUACAGUCAGAUCCCUGCCUAGAAGAGCUCACUACCUUGCGGUGAAAGCUAAGAAAUCGGCAGCAAUGAAUGUGGAACACGAGGUUAACCUCUUAGUGGAGGAAAUUCACCGUUUGGGUUCAAAAAAUGCUGAUGGGAAGUUAAGUGUGAAAUUUGGGGUCCUCUUCCGAGAUGACAAAUGUGCCAACCUCUUUGAAGCAUUGGUAGGAACGCUCAAAGCUGCAAAACGAAGGAAGAUUGUUACAUACCCGGGAGAGCUACUUUUGCAAGGUGUUCACGAUGAUGUUGACAUUAUAUUGCUGCAAGAUUAAUGUGGUUUGCAUAUCAUUGUUCAUUGUUAUUUUCUGGUAAACUGGAAUAUUUUCAAGUCAGAGGAAAAACAUGAGCAUACUUAAUGUAUUUUUAUAGAACUUUGUAAACAAAAGGAGACUCAUUUUUAGAAGUCCAUCCUUUUCAUAUUUGAAAGAAAAUUUAUGUAUUACACUGUAAAAUAAACAAAACUGAUUAUUUUUCUCAGGAAUCUGGUUGAAAAAUGUAGGCAUUGAGGCUUUUGUGGUGGGCGUGUGAGAGUGUUUCAUAAAUCAUUCUUAGACAAUUUCCAUAGAUAAUUGAUAUUCUGUGAAAGCAAGAAGCAAACUAAAGACCAGCUCCCACAAGGAAUAUUUUAAUGUUUAUGUAAUAAACACAUGUUACUAUC